AUGCCGCUUGCGGGCAUUGAACAUGACAAGGUGCCCCUCGGCGUCGUGCCCCUCGUCGUCAACGCAUGCCUCUCUCACACCAUCAUCAUCACCCAGUGCAACCGCGGACGACACGCAUCCACCAUCAUCAUGGCCCACGACGAUUCCAACCCCCCACCGACACAGGGCGACCCGACGGCCCUCCCGCCGCUGCCGCUCCCCGCGGGCAUCACGUCGCGCUUCGUCGACACCCGGCCCUUUGGCCUCCGCUACCACGUCCUCGAAGCCAUCCCCGCCGCGUCCUCCUCAUCCUCGGCAUCAGAGUCAGAGCCGGCCCCGCGCCCGCCCCUCGUGCUCCUCCUCCACGGCUUCCCCAACCUCGCGUACGACUGGCGCUUCGUCAUGCCGGGCCUCGCGCGCGCGGGCUACUACGCCGUGGCAUUUGACCUGCGCGGCUUUGGGCGCACCCACGACGGCGGCGGCGCUGUUUCGGGCGCUUCAGGCUCUUCCGGCUCGUCUGGCGCUGCGGCCGCGCAGCAGCAGCAGAAGCAGCAGCUGCUGCCGCGCGAUGGCUCUUUCUCGGCGGACGGCUUCACGCCCCUCGCCAUGGUGCGCGACGUCGUCGCCCUCGUCCACGCCCUCGGCUACCGCUCCGUCCACACCCUCGUCGGCCACGACCUCGGCGCCUUUGCCGCCGCCGUCUGCGCCCUCGCGCGGCGCGACCUCAUCCAGUCGCUCGUCCUCAUGGCGCAUCCCUUCCGCGGCGCCCCCAAGGCCCCCUUUGGCACAGCGGCGUCCGCGUCACUGCCCGCUCCUGACAUCCCCCCGACAGACCGCUUCGACACCCUCCGCGACCCGGACGUGCACGCCUCGCUGCAGGCCCUGGACCCGCCGCGACAGCACUACAAGUGGUACAACGGGGCGCCCGGCGCGGCCGCCGAGUGGAGCUACCCGCGGGACGGGCCGCCGCUGCGCGAGUUCCUCCGCGGCUACUUUCAUCUCAAGUCGGGUGCGUGCCGGGACGGCGGCGGGGGGAAGCCGCGGCCGCUUGGGGCGUGGACGGCGGAGCGCCUCGCCGUGAUGCCGCAUUACUACAUUAUGCGCGCGGGCGUGUCCAUGCGGGAGAAUGUUGCGCUCGACAUGGCGGCGGAGAGGGAGGCGGCCGGCGCUGCCACCACCAACGACGAGGAGGGCAAGGACAGGGACAGGGACAAGGACAAGGCCAAGAACUGGCCACCCGCACCGGAGUGGCUCACGGAGCGCGACCUAGACGUCUACACGGCAGAGUGGUCACGCACGACCUUCACCGACGCGCUGCGCUGGUACGCCUCCCUGACGGGCAACCCGGCCGCAACGGCGGAGCUGCGCGCCCUGGCGUCGGGCAGGAUCGCCGUGCCCACACGGUACGUGUCCGGGGCCAAGGACUGGGGCACGUACCAGGACCCAGGGGCGCUGGAGGCCAUGGAGGAAGGGGAGAGCGUCGAGCGGGGGUGCUACACGGGGACGGUGCUGCUGGAGGGGGCGGGCCACUGGGUGAACAUGGAGAGGCCCGGGGAGUGCGUGCGCGAGAUUCUGCACGUCGCGGCCAUGGUGUGA